AUGAGUUCAACAACAAAAAAAUUUCGUGAAUUUAUGGCUGAACCACUUGGUGAUAAAAGUGUUCAAGAUGUUCCUGGUAUAGGUGAUGUUUUGGGUACAAAAUUAUCUGAAGCUGGUUAUGAAAAAGCAUACACUUUAUUUGGCAAAUAUUUGUUGUGUAACAAAGAUGCUGAACAAUUUCAAGAUUGGAUGCAAACACAAUGUGGCGCAAAUAGUCAUCAAGCUAAAACAACAGCAACUGCAUUUGCCGAAUGGGCUGAAGCGUUUAUUUAA